GACAGAACAAACAACUUAUUCAAGCAGGUUUAUGAACAGAAGAGUCUGAAGGGACGAGCCAACGAUGCCAUCGCCUCAGCCUGCCUCUACAUCGCCUGCAGACAGGAAGGAGUUCCCAGAACUUUUAAAGAGAUCUGCGCCGUCUCCAGGAUUUCAAAGAAAGAGAUUGGUCGGUGCUUCAAGCUGAUCCUGAAGGCACUGGAGACCAGUGUGGACCUCAUCACGACGGGCGACUUCAUGUCCCGCUUCUGCUCCAACCUCGGCUUACCCAAACAGGUGCAAAUGGCUGCCACCUUCAUCGCAAGGAAGGCUGUGGAGCUGGACCUGGUGCCCGGCAGGAGCCCCAUCUCAGUGGCUGCAGCAGCCAUCUACAUGGCCUCCCAGGCCUCUGCUGAGAAGAAGACCCAGAAAGAAAUCGGAGACAUCGCAGGAGUUGCAGACGUCACGAUCAGGCAGUCGUACCGACUCAUCUACCCACGAGCUGCAGAACUUUUCCCUCCGGACUUCAAGUUUGACACGCCCGUCGAUAAACUGCCCCAACUGUGAGCACGAGUGUGCCUGCUCCAUGCUGAGGUUUCUCUGCUGUACUUUAGUUUUUCUAACUUCGUUUUGGAUUUGAACAUUUUAUUUUGUCCUACCCAGAACAACGAGCCUUUCUGGAGGCACUCUGACAGGAACACGGUGGACACAUUCCAGUGCUUGCAGACUGUACUUACAGUAUUUCAUUUGAGUGUAUAUACUGUACCGUGUAUAUAUGUCCAAGUGGAAACGUGUAACUGACUCUUGCAAUUUUAGCCUCUUUUCAUACUGUAAACAUAAACACCAACAUUUGUUUAGUAGAAAAACUGCUUCUAUUUUGUUUGAAUUGUUCCAAGUAAUUUAAAAAUAAACAGUUUUCACUAAAUCA